ACAGGACAAGAGAGGGGGCAGAGGUGCGUCAAAGAUGAACUGGUUUGCAGUAGCUGCUCUUGCUCUGUGCGUAAUUGCGCCUGGCACCGACUGUGCCGACGACACGAUCCCCUGGUGUUAUAACCUGCCAACCUGCAAUGAUACCACAUGGCCAGUAAUUGCUGCUCCAUUCUGCAACGGCACCAAACAGUCGCCCAUCAACAUCGUCACAGCAAACGCUGCAGGAGACGCCAGUCUGGGCCCAUUCACCUUUGUAAACUAUGACAACCCCUCUAUCAUGAACAACAUAGAGAACACUGGCAAAACGGUCAAAGUGAAUCUCAAUCCUGGUGCCAAAGUUUCAGGAGGAAACCUGUCUGAGCCCUACGACAGCCUGCAGUUCCACUUGCACUGGGGUAAUGGAUCCACUGUCCCCGGCUCCGAGCACACUGUGGAUGGCAAGCAGUAUCCCAUGGAGUUGCACAUCGUAAACAGCAAGGAAAGCCUCAAUAGGAACACAACUCUAGCGGUUGAAGACCCAGAAGGACUGACUGCUCUCGGUUUCUUCAUUGAGGCACUGACAGAUAAUUCAACUGGCCAACCUGCAAGCUGGCGCCAAUUGAUUGCCUACCUGGAGAACAUCACAAUCCAAAACCAGACCGUUAGCAUUACACCUGGGAUUACCCUGAACGACCUCCUGUUUGGGGUGGAUCGCACCCAGUACUGGCGCUACCUUGGCUCCCUGACCACCCCUGCUUGUAACGAGGCUGUGGUUUGGACUGUGUUCAAGGGAACUAUCAAAAUGAGCACAGAUCUGAUUGACCGCUUUUCUACCGUGUUGCGCAUCGGCAACAGCACGUCAGAACACAUGGUCAAUGUUUUCAGAAACGUCCAGCCAGCGCUACCAGUGUCAACGCAGGUAUCCUCCACCAGUGGCACCUCCAAAACCUGCUACUCUCUUGGUCUGAUGGCCCUCAGCGUUGUCCUGGGGAGAAGCUAGAACCAAACCCUGUACCCUCCCUUAUGGUUCCCUGACUUGUCCUAAAUGUUAAUACUUAAAAUAUGCACUGAAUACUCUUCUUUAUUAGUGCCUGUAGGUCAAAAUGUGUGUUGCAGCACACAAGACGUCUUUUCAACUCUUAACCAAACGGAGCCAUAGUAUCACAAGAACUUUGCUUUCCAGUCUAGCUUUAUAUGUAAACAAUAUUAUCAUUGAAUGGUUGACAGAUAUGAAGUAUGGUGAUGGCUGCCUCAGCUGUAAUGUCCCUGAUAUCUUCUCAGGGUUGUGAUUCCCUGCAGCUUGUCUGUUUUGAGCUGCCAAAGCUACACCGAGACCCCAACACAUGCAUGCACCCGCGCUGUUUACUGGGUGGUAGCGGUAGUUCUAGCAAUAAUGAGAAUGUGACAGUAUUUGUUGCAUUUUAAUCUGCGUUGAUGUCUGCUUAGUGUGUGUCAAGUUACAAAAAAAAGCAAUUCUUGAACUGUUUUUUCUUUUUGUAUUUCAGUUUUUAUGACCUUUUUAAUUUUUGUAACCUCAUUGUCUUCAUCAGUGCAGAUGCUGUUGCAGUAGAAAUGCAUUAUUGUCACACAUGAAAUGAAGUUGUUUUACUUGGUGGAAUGAAGUAUCUUUUUAAUCGAUUGAACGCCAUUAUUUAUCGAAAUGCUGUAUUGCAGUAGUUGCACACACAGCCACUGUGACCUCUUGAUCUUAUUGAAUGCUGAAUAAAAUUAUUUUGACAAUC